AGGCAUGCACGACGGGCGCCGCCACGCUGUGCUGGCAGGCUCGCUGCGAUGGGCGCCACAGCUUUGCGCCGGCAGCCUCGCUGCUGCGUGCUGAUCUUGUCCUGGCCCGCAGUCCGACGAGCUGCCUCGGCAUCGUCCUGCCCAUGCCCAGCAGCUCGGUCCCAGGAGCCACGCGCACGGGCACCGAGCUGUGCGUGCUGCUGCCGUGGGGCAGCAUCGUCAUUUUCAUUGAGAACGACGUCAUGCUGCGGCUGCCCAACCUCAUCGGGCCCGAGCUCGCCGCGCUCGCGGCGCCGGCCGACAUGGCGCACAUUGUGUCCACCGAGGGCAUCGACCCGACGGAGGACGCGUCGCCGAAGCGCAACGAGCAGGAGCCAUUCGAUGCGGCACGCUUCGGCGCGCGCAGCGCUGCCUGUGCGGCACUGCGGGCGCUGACACGCAUGAGCGAGACGGAGAUGCUGCGCCUGCGCCCGGCGUUCCGCGAGGUGUGUCUCAGCAAGGAGGGCGUGGCGCUCAUCGAGGAGGAGGGCACGGCGUACAUGCCCAGCGUCGCCUACACGAUCCUGCAGCGCACCAUGCAGGCCGAGGGCCACUGCUUCGCCGACGUCGCCUCGGCGCGCGUCGCGCAGCCUGUGCUGCUGGCCGUGCACCGCAUGCUCAUGGACACGCCGAGCCGCUUCGUCGCCGACGACAUUGCGCACCGCUCGUCGCACCGCUUCAGCCUGCGCUCGGACCGCGAGCGCGAGGCCAUCGAGACGGUCGACGAGUGGGUGCGCGCGCCAAAGGGCAGCACCGAGUGGCGCAACCUGGAAGGCUUCGGCCAGCGCGCCAAGGAGGUGCUCGCCUGGCGCGCCAAGCUGGGCGGCGAGACAAUGCCGGCCGACGAGCCCGAGCGAGUGGAGCUGGAGGCCGAGGCCGGGCCCGGCGUGCAGUGGCGCCAGACGGACCACGUCAUUCUGCGCUUUCUCCGCAGCACGCUCUCGACGCGCCGCUCGCUGCAGGGCUACGAGUACCUCUCCAUCGCCAUGGACGUGCUGAAGCGCGCGGGCGCCGAUGUCACCGUCCAGCCCGUGGCGCACCGUCUGCAGCACCCGGAGCGCAGCUUCACGGAUGUGCCGCGCGACCUCGUGCCGUACGGCCGCGACACGGGCGACGCAGGCAUCGACCACCAGGGCGCGCUCGUCGUGCGCUUCCUGCAGGCCGUCGGCGAGAUGCCGCCGUGGGAGGACCACGCCCUGCUUCAGGUCGGCGUCGACUUCACAACGAACGAGCGCGACGCGCCGAGCGAGACGCCGCAGCCGACGCCCCGGCCCAAGCUGGCGCUGCACGAGGCGGAGAUGGAGCGCUUCGACUUUGAGCAGCUGCCUGUGCACGUCAUCGACGAUCCCACGGCGCACGAGCUCGACGACGGCAUCUCCAUCGAGCGUGUGGCCGGCAAGGACGAGAUCUGGAUCCACGUGCACGUUGCCGAUCCGACGUCAAUCAUGGACCCCGCCGACGAUCUGGCGCGGCGGGCGCGGCGGCAGCACAACACGCUCUACCUGCCCGAGGGGCGCUGGCCGCUGCUGCCGGACGAGAUGCUGCAGGCCGGCCGGCUGUCGCUGGGCUCCAAGAGCGAGACGGAGGAGCAGCGCGAGGAGCGGCAGAAGCACGGCCUGUGCGCGCUCACGUUCAGUGCGCGUGUGGAUGCGCAGGGCAAGGUGCAGGAGUACUGCGUGCGGCCGAGCAUCGUGCACAAUGUGCAGAUCACGACGUACGACGAGGUCAGCGCAGCGCUCGAGGUCGACGGCACCUCGGACCUGCACGUCCUGCAGCGCUUCGCCCGCGCGAUGCUGCACCAGCGCGUGGCCAACUCGAGCAUCGCCUCUAACAUGCCCGGGCCGAACUUUACGCUCUCGCCCGUGCCGCUGCCGGGCGCGCCCGCAACGCCGUCGACGCAGACGCUCUUCCGCGGCUUUCCCAAGAUCGACAUUGGCAUGCUGUCGCUCGAGCCGCCGGCGUGGUCGAAGGCGCAGGACCUCGUCUCCGAGUGCAUGCUGCUCGCCGGCCGCGUCGCCGGCGCCUGCGCCGCAGACCGCGGCGUGCCCCUCGUGUACCGCUCGCAAGAGGCGCCCGAGGCCGCCGCGGCGGCCAAGCUGCGCGGCCUGCGCGACGAGGACGGCAACAUGUCGUGGCUGACGCUGCUGCGCUCGGGCGUGCGUCUGGCGCCGGGCAACGCCUCGCACGCGCCGGCGCCGCACUUUGCGCUCGGCAUCUCGCCGGCGCUCGACGACGCCGCCGCGCACGGCGGCUAUGCGCGCAGCACGUCGCCGCUGCGCCGCUACCCGGACAUUGUGGCGCACUGGCAGCUCAAGGCGAGCCUGGCGGGGCGCACGGCGCCGUGGAGCCAGGAGCGCCUCGAGGCCGACAUGCCGCGCAUGGCACGCAUGGACGCCUGGUCGCGCAGCCUCGAGCGGCGCGUGCGCUACUUCUGGAUGGCGCUGGGCCUGCGGCGCCUGCUCGAUGCGCCGCCCGGCUCGCUGACGCCCGAGGAGCAGGCGCUCCUCGGGCCGCUCGACGCCGUCGUGGCGCUGCCCGACGUGCGCAUCAACCCGUCGCGCCUCGACGCACGCGUGCGCGUCUUUGUGCCGCAGCUCGGCAUCAACGCCGAGUGCGGCUGGCACCGCUCCAUCGCCGCCGCCGAGCUGGGUGCGCCGCUCAAGGUGCGCCUGCACGACGUCGUGCGCGCGGGCGUGCGCUCGAGCGUGAUCGUGGUGCCGGAGCACUGGAAUGCAUAGAUGCCACCGGUCAACCCCAGAGUGCAAGAAGAGGGCUGAGCGCAGAGGCCCGAUGAGCAACCUGAGCCGCUGCGGAUCCACGCAACUGCAUCGUCUCCACUCCAUUUCGAUCCAUGAUGACGCUG